AUGCAUUAUUUCUCAACACUCAAAACAUCACACCCGCAACACAGUACUGCAAAUUUUGGGAAGAGUCUUUUUCAGAUGGGUGAAGCGCCGAAGAUAGUGCAAAUCGAAACGAGGUACGUGGAAACCGAUGCUGUGAACUUCAGAGACGUGGUUCAGAGCCUCACCGGGAAGAACUCCUCCACGGAUUGGAUAGGCCAAAAUCUUAAAUCUGCUGCUGAAUCAUGCUCAAAAGGAGGUAUCGCUGAGCCAAAGAAAAUAGGAGCUGCUGCUGCUGCUACAAAUGAAACUCUCUUACCUUCUUCUUCUUCUACCAUUCAAAUGUACAACGACGUGUCCUUCAAAGACUUAGAUGAAUUCGUGUGGCCUCCCAUCGAGAUGAUGCCAUGGUCAUACUCAUAG